AAAUAUAUAUAUUUUUUUUUAAACCCAAAACGCGAUAACUCCACGGCUUUCGAGUCUGUUCGUUCUCUGCCAAUGGUAGGAAAGAAGCGCCGCUGUCCAGUUCUGAUGUUAAACAGUGUUAGCCAAUCAGAAGCAAAACGGGGCGGGCCUUAACACAACGCGCCUCGAUCAACUAAACUGUAGCACAGAUAGGCCUACUCUCUUACUACGAAGGCUGUGACUGUAGUUAAUGGAGAGAGGGGCAUAGGAGCAGGCGCGAUGCAGUACAUGAAACCAGGGGAAAAUACCCUCGAGAUAGAUAAAGGUCUGAAAAAUAAAUGGCGCUGGGUAUGGCUGGAGGAGAUUGGACGAGAUGGCAAACCAUUUAGCAGUUGGUGUAAGAAGUUGAGUGAGACAGGCGCUUGCUUCUGCACGCUGUGCUCCAGGAGGCUAAUAUAUGCAUCCAGCGGCAAAAAGGUUCUUCGUAAACACGAAUCAGACCCUCGUCACCUAGCUGCUGUUCGUGCUGUCCCACACACGACGCGUUUACCAGGAGCAACAACAACAUCUGAUGUACCGGCUUCCAUAACUGACCGUGUGUGUGAGUUAAAAAUACGGGUGUGUGCAUUUCUCGCAGAACACGACCUCUCCUUCACGCUAUCACAACCCCUGGUCGAGCUGUGUAAAAAAGUAGCGGAAGAUAAAAUUGCACUAAGUAAAAUGUCCAUUUCAAAUCAGCUGGCCAGCUAUUUCAACACUCACGGGAUAACACCUGAGUUUAAAAGGCAAAUUUCCACCAAACUGAAAAACAACAUGUUUUCCCUGAACGUCGACGAGGCCACCAAUAAUAACAUGGAUAAAGUCCUCAAUGUUCUUGUUCGUUUUUUUGACAAUGAGGAAAAUGCUGUUAAAACGCAACACCUCGCUAGUCGAAAAAUGAACAUAGCCAAUGCUGCAGCACUUACCCAGGAAUUGAAGGAUGUGCUGCAGUCCUAUGGUUUAGGGCUGCAGCAGGUGACCAGUAUUUUACUGGACAAUUGUGCGGUUAUGCGGGGAAAGAAGUCCGGUCUCGAGACACAGUUGCGCAGGGAGAACCCGCACCUGCUGGAUAUAUCUGGCGACACAGUCCAUAUGGUUUCUAACGGUGCAAAAGCCAUGAUGAGCCCUUUCAAGGCAGAGGUGGAAGAUUUCUGCUCGGAUGUGUUUUAUGACAUAGAGAAGUCUCCGAAACAGAAAGAAAUAUUUUCGGAAUUCCAGAGAUUACUCCAUCUUACACCGAAGAGCUUGAUCAGGCCCAUCAGUAACAGGUUCCUGCAGAUGUUGGAGGUGUGCAAUAGGGUGAGAGAACUCCUGGAUGUCCUGAUUGUGCACUACUACAACCUACUGGAUCCGGGCGAAGAGCAUAAAUACAGGUGUCCUUCCAACAUUUCAGGCAUUUCUGAAAAAACUGCAACAUGAGAAACCAAUGGUGCACUUGUUGCAUGUUGAAAUGUUGGCACUGGUAAGAGAGCUGCUAAGCAAAUUCAUGAAGCCAGGAGCUAUCCCCCUGAGUGUCAAAGAGAUCCUCAAGAUCAAUGUACGGGAUGCAGCGUUACAGCUGCCUAACAAAUCCCUGUGUGUUGGAAAAUAUGGAUACUCUGCCAUGACCAAGGCCCGUGUGGCGAAGACACUGUGGGUUGGAAACUUGUACAACUCCCUCAGAGAGGGCUACAUGAAGGCAGCAGAGUUUCUACUCAAAAACCUUCCCCUCGACAACCACAUGGUCACCUCACUCUCGGCUCUGACCCCAUCCCUCAUACAGUGUGACUCCUUAGGUUCAGCAUUCAUGGCAUUAGGGAAGGCCUUGCCUAAUGUGGUUCCACCUGAAGCACUCGGCCCACUGCGGGAGGAGGUUCGUGCAUACCAAAUAGAUGCUGACCUGGUACCUCUGGCCAAUACCUAUGUUGAAGAAAACAGCCGAGUGGAUGUGGACUGGUGGAGUCAGGUGGCACUUCUAAGAAAUUCAGAAAGAGGUGUGAGAUACCCAACCCUGAUCAAACUUGUGAAAGCCCUUCUUUCAAUUUUCACAGGCCCGCUGGUGGAGGGGUCUUUCAACAUAAUGGAUGACAUACUGGAGGCAGACAGGUGCAGGAUGAAUGUGGAAACGUAUGAGAGCCUCGCCAUAAUUAAGUCAACAAUGAAAGCCAGGAAGUGGACGGCCUCAACAAUGUUAAUUGACCAGCCUUUAAGGAAUUCUUGCCUUUCCUCCUAUAAAACAUACCAACUCCACCUAGAGAAAAAGAAGGCAAGAGAACAGGGAAUGAGGGAGAAAAGGAUGAGUGAGGCCAUGAGGGUGAGGUCUACAGCGGUGGCAAACAGAAUAGUGACCCAGGCGAAGAAAUCAAAAGGGCCAUCCUCUUCCUCCACUAGGCCAGCUGCCUCACCUAGACCAACCAGACCUUCACCAAAGACCAUCUCCUCUGCAAAAACAAGACCUUUUCGACCCACUGGGCCCUCCACCACCUCCUCUGGGGCAGCUAAAAAGCCAUCCAGCUCCUCCUCUGGGCCCUCUGCCUCCUCGUCUGGGGCAACUAAUAAGCCUUCCGCCUCCUCAUCUGGGCCCUCUGCCUCCUCAUCUGGGCCCUCUGCCUCCUCAUCUGGGCCCUCUGCCUUCUCAUCUGGGCCCUCUGCUUCCUCAUCUGGGCCCUCUGCCUCCUCCUCUGGGCCAUCCACUGCAUCCUCUGGGCAACCAAAGUUAUUUUCUCUGUUUCAUGGUCCAGCCAAGAAAUCCUCUUCAAUAGCCUCAACUACCUCUGGAAAAAGGAAGAGUUCGGAUGACUCAGAACCCGGAAAAAAGAGGAAAAAAUAGAGCACUUUGUUUCAUUUUUUGAAUCUAGUUUUGAUAACUUAAACCCCACUAAAAAGUACUUUGGAGAUACAAAUGCACUUUGUUUAUUUCUUUCUAUUUGAUUUAAGUUAUCAUUUCAUGUAGGAGUUAAUGUUUUUGAUUACUUGUUUUGAUAUUACUUGAUAUAACUUUCUAUUGGUUUUAUUAACAUCUGUGUAUUUAAUUUGCCAUUUUAUUUCUGAUGAACAAAGUUCAAAGUUAUUGAAAUGUUGAAAUUGUUGAAUUAUUUGAUUUAUUAAAACUGUUUGAAAAGUAAA